CUACAGGAGACCAUGGACAUGACGGAGUCGCAGACACUGCUGCUGACCCUGCUGUCUGUGAAGAUGGAAAACAACCUGGCUCUGCUGGAGGAGAAGGCUGAGAAGGACUUGGCGGCCUUAUGCUGUGAGAAGGAGCAUCUACAGCAGCGGGUGCUGGAGCUGCGGUGCCGGCUGCUGCUCCAGCAGAAGCAUCAGGAGCUGGCUACCAUCCCGGAUGCCCAGAUGGAGGUGCUGGGCCUUCUUGAGGCUGUAGCAAAGUGCUUCAAGGAGCAAUACAAGACCCUGGCCACAGCCUUGGAUGCCACGCGACAUGAGCUGCCCGUGAAGGGCAUCCACAUGCAGGGAAGUGGGCAGGAACUCCUAGAUGAUCUGGAGCCGGCACUAAAGACCACCCUGCAACUCUUGGGUGAGCUGGGCAUCUCCUCCCUGGACGCCAGCGGGCAGGUGCCAGACACCAGCGCACAGGUGUCAUGCCUGCUGGAGGAACUCAGGGACUUGAUUACCAAAAAGGACCGAGAGCUCUACAGGAUCUUCAGUCUGGCCAUGGAGCUUUCUUCCCGGGCCAGCAAGGAGGCAGCCUUGAUGAACCAGGAAGUCUGGGAAGAGGCCCAGGUCACCCCAUCGUGCAGCCAGUGGUACUUCGGUCCAGAGGCAGCAGACAUCACCAAUGUCUACACUCCUGGUGGUGGGGUGUAG